AUGAAAUUCGAAAACAUUCUUCUUGGCCAUGUGCUCCUGCACUCAACUCAGGCCCUAUCUUUACCUGAUGAUGUCUACUCCUCCCUGAUUGCCAGAACCAACUCGAAGAAACCUCUCGAGUGGUCAACAUGUAACUUGGAUUUCGGAAGCAAGACUGCAAACGAGACCCAGAAGGGGUUUGACUGUGCCAGACUUGAGGUCCCUCUGGACUACACCAACUCAAGCAACACCAAAACCUUUCACCUUGACUUGAUGCGUCUCAACGCCACCAAAGGGCCUCACAAGGGUAGUGUUUUGUUCAACCCUGGUGGCCCAGGCUUCUCUACUUUGGAGAGCAUGCUUACCAAUGGUCCUAAACUGCGUCCUAUCAUUGGUGGCCAGUACGAUGUCAUCGGGUUUGAUACACGAGGCACGGGUCGCACAAUUCCUUUUAAUUGUCCUGACACGUCAAAUACCACAGGGCUUGACCGCAGGGACUUCAACGAUCUACCCCGAUUGAAUCUCUGGGAAUACGCCAAGACGAUUUUCUGGAAGUCGAGAGAGGCAAUCGCCGAGUCCUGCUUUGAAGCUAACAAAGAGAUGGGCCAGUAUUAUGGAACCCCUGCCAUCGCCCGCGACAUGAUGUCAAUCGUCGACGCUCUCGAUCAAGGCGACAAGCUCAACUACUGGGGUGUUUCUUACGGCACUGUCCUUGGACAAGUUGCUGCCUCCAUGUUCCCCAAGCGAAUGGGACGAAUCGUUCUGGAUGGCAACCUCAACGCCGAUGAUUAUGCCGCUAUUACCUGGUUGGGCAGCUUGAUCGAUACCGAAAGGUCUCUUGCCAACCUGUUCAAUGACUGCGUCAAGUCCGGAAAGGACCAGUGCUCUCUAGCAGAAUUUCACGGCAAAAACACAACUGGAGCAAGCUUAUUCGAGACCUUUAAGGAAAAGUUCGAAGAAGCCUUUGCCGGCAGCGAGGAAGAACAGCUCGCAGCCUACACUCUAAAGCAGAACAUCUUCAACAAGUUGUACUCAGCAUUUUCUUACCCAGAAAUUGCCAAGAAGCUGGAAGGAUUCUUUGUCGGAAAGGAAUCAAACGAAACUGCCGAACCCUUGGCUGAACCCUCGAAAUGGAACCCUCAACUCAGCUUUGCCAACUUUGCGAUCGCAUGCGGCGACUCCAGCUACCGCAUCAAUGAUCCCGAUGAUCUCUUCCCCAUGUACCAAGCACAAUACGAAGAAGCUUCAUUUGCCGAUGUCAACAUUAACGACAGACUGAAGUGUGCUCAAUGGAGAUUCUCAGCUACUGAACAAAUUAACCUCAACAAGCUUCGCAACGUCAACACCAGCAAUCCUAUCCUCUUGGUAAACGGUCGAUACGACCCUGUUACUUCGCUACAAAGCGCGUGGAAGGUUGCCGUAAAGUUCCCAGGAAGUCGACUUGUUGUCCAUGAAGGUAUUGGUCACGCAUCUCUUGCGCACCCUUCGAACUGCACCAACAAUGCUAUUCGAAACUACUUUACCAAUGGCAAGAUGCCCAAGGUUAACACGACCUGUACUCCUGAGAUGACUGCUUUUGAGUAUGGAAAUUAUGAACUGAAGGAGGCUGGUGAUAUGGUGUUUUGA